UUACGGCUAACCAAACUAGCUUAACCGCAUCGCUUUUAGCUAUCCAUGACAGCGGCUCAGUGGUGUCGUUGUUGUUGUUUUUAUUAUCUAAAUCGGUAACUUAGUCACGCUUUAGCCGCCGAAGAGACUCCUUUGCUUUAAAUUUCCUCCAGGAUGAUUCCUACGGAGGAUGCGUCCGCCAGGAAGCGGGAGAUCGAGGAGAAACUGAAGCAGGAGCAGGAGACGCUGUCGUUCAUCCGGGAGAACCUGGAAAAGAGCGAUCAGCUGACCAAAAACAUGGUCUCCAUCCUGUCUUCGUUCGAGAGCCGCCUGAUGCAGCUGGAGAACUCCAUCAUCCCGGUUCACAAGCAGACGGAAAACCUGCAACGGCUGCAGGAGAACGUGGACAAAACUCUGUCUUGCAUGGAUCACGUCAUCAGCUACUACCAUGUGGCCAAAGACACGGACAGGAUCAUCAGAGAGGGACCUACGGGCAGACUGGACGAGUAUCUUGCUUGCAUUGCAAGAAUUCAGAAAGCUGUCGAAUACUUUCAAGACAACAACCCAGACAGCCCUGAGCUCAACACAGUGAAAGCACGCUUUGAAAAGGGGAAGGAGCUGCUGGAGGGCGAAUUCCGCAGCCUCCUGACCCGCUACAGCAAACCUGUUCCCCCCAUCCUCAUCCUGGACGCCAUCAGCGUGGAUGAGGAGCUGGAGGUCCAGGAGGAUGUGAUGCUGGAACACCUGCCCGAGGCCGUGCUCCAGGACAUCAUCUGCAUCGCCGGCUGGCUGGUGGAAUACGGACGUAAUCAGGACUUCAUGAACGUCUACUUCCAGAUCCGCUCCAACCAGCUCGAUCGCUCCAUCAAAGGCCUCAAAGAGCAUUUCCGCAAGAACAGCGCCUCCUCCGGUGUCCUCUACUCGCCUGCCGUCCAAACCAAGCGCAAGGACACGCCAACUAAAAAGGCCCCGAAGAGACCAGUCUACAUCCCAGGGACCAUUCGCAAGGCUCAGAACCUUCUGAAACAGUACUCACAGCAUGGGCUGGAUGGGAAAAAGGGGGGUUCUAACCUCACUCCUUUGGAAGGAAAGGAUGAUGUCCUGGAUAUCGAGAUCGACUCUUACAUCCACUGCAUCAGUGCCUUCGUCAAGCUGGCUCAGAGCGAGUAUCUGCUUCUGGCGGAGAUCAUCCCCGAGCACCACCAGAAGAAGACCUUCGACUCCCUCAUUCAGGAGGCGCUGGACAACCUGAUGCUGGAGGGAGAAAACAUUGUGGCUGCAGCUCGCCGGGCCAUAAUGCGACACGACUACUCAGCUGUCCUCACCAUCUUCCCCAUCCUCAGACACCUGAAGAUGAACAAGUCUGAGUUUGAUACCACGCUGCAGGGCACGGCGGCGAGCACCAAGAACAAGCUGCCCACCCUCAUCACCUCCAUGGAGACGAUCGGAGCCAAAGCUCUGGAGGAGUUUGCAGACAGCAUCAAGAAUGAUCCUGAUAAGGAGUACAACAUGCCCAAGGACGGAACGGUCCAUGAACUGACCAGCAAUGCCAUCCUGUUCCUGCAGCAGCUGCUGGACUUCCACGAGACAGCUGGAGCCAUGCUGGCCUCACAAGUACUGGGGGACACUUACAAUAUACCUUUAGACCCCCGAGAGACGAGUUCGGCCACCAGCUACACCUCCGACUUCAACAAAAGGCUCCUCAGUAGUUACAUAUGUAAGGUUUUGGGGAACUUGCAGCUAAACCUGCUCAGUAAAUCCAAAGUGUACGAGGAUUCGGCUCUGAGUGCCAUCUUCCUGCACAACAACUACAACUACAUCCUCAAGUCGCUGGAAAAGUCUGAGCUGAUCCAGCUGGUGACGGUGACUCAGAAGCGAGCGGAGACGUCCUACAAAGAGCUCAUGACUCAGCAGAUCGAAACAUACCAGCGCAGCUGGCUGAAAGUCACCGAGCACCUGACAGAAAGGAACAUGCCCGUCGUACAGCCCGGCACCAAGCUGAAAGAUAAAGAGAGACAAGUGGUUAAAGACAAAUUCAAGGGCUUCAAUGACGGUUUGGAGGAGCUGUGUAAGAUCCAGAAGGGUUGGGCCAUCCCGGACAAAGAGCAGAGAGACCUCAUCCGGCACAAUCAGAAGAAGGUGGUGUCUGAUGCCUACAGAGCCUUCCUGCAGAGAUGUGCCAACAUUUCCUUCACCAAGAACCCCGAGAAGUAUCACAAGUAUCGACCGGAGGAGGUGGAGGAGAUGAUCGAAAAGCUGUUUGACACAUCCGCCUGAGGAGUCUCCUCUUCCCCACCCCAAAGAAACACGGGCUGCUACGCCUGAACCCCCCCGCCCGCGCUGCUCUCAGCCUUGUAGUGUCUAAACAAUGUUUUGUACAAAGACGUGAACUUACGUAUUUAUGUAAUUUAGCCACUGCAGCUCAACAUUUCAGACAAAUAAAAAGGGAACUCUGACCGAA